AUGAAUGGUUUCCCCAAGAGUGGUCUGUCCUGCUCUCGUUCCCCUCGUGUUUCGCCAACCGCCAUCAACAACUCCUCCUCUCUUUUCCGACUGCUGCCUUUUACAGAGCGCUCUGGAAACACCAUCUUUAUCUCCGGCGGGACGUCCUACGUCGCCCCAAUCUUCGUCUCCGGCGGGCCGUCCAACAGGCCCAUCUUCGAUCCUUGUCCUGAAUUUGCCUCUGCCACCUUCAGUUUACCUGCCGCACAAGCAGCAAUCAGACACCCACACGCCGCCUCCUCAUCGGUCAAGAUUAGCCGUUCCGUUGUCGCCCGCCUCGCCAGAUGCAGCGCCGUUCAAUGCGUUCGCUGCCAUCUGACUCUUCCUUGCUGGGUGCAGGGACACAAGGCUUGGCAAUCUGCCGCCCUCCACCCUCCUGUGCUGAAGGGCAGUAAAAAGCUCUGCCUCUCUGUUCGCUCUGUGGGGCGGAUUCCAGGUGGCUACGUCACCAACCACGUUUAUACCUGGGUGGACCCUCUUGGCCACAGCGUGUCUCCUCCACCUGACCUAACUGAGCAUCACAAUGCCAGCCUCAGAAGAAUGGACAGCCAGCGACGCAGCAACAUGCAGCUCCUGCAGGAGGGGGACGAGAAGAAGGUCAACUUGGUUCUGGAUGAUGGCCGGUCUCUUGGUCUUAUGAUUCGAGGUGGAGCAGAAUACACUUUGGGUAUUUACAUCACAGGAGUGGACCAAGGCUCAGCGGCACAGUGCGGAGGACUCAAGGUCGGUGAUCAGAUCCUGGAAGUGAACGGUCAAAGCUUCCUAAACAUCCCUCACGACGAAGCCGUCAGAGUGCUGAAGUCCUCGAAACACCUGAUGAUGACGGUGAAAGACGUGGGCCGCCUGCCUCACGCCAGGACGGUCAUUGGUGAAACUAAGUGGAUCGCCAGCUCCCAGAUUGCAGAAAGCUCAGCAAACAGCAGCAUGAAAAGCUUUGCCAUGGACCAAGGAGCCUUGGAAGCUGGAAAGCCUGUGUUUUACAAGGGUGUUGCUGGAUCACAAGUCAGCCUGUCCAGCCUGGUGAACCAAUCCAGGGCCAUGUUAGAGGAGCAAGCACGCCACCUUCUGACCGAGUCGGAGAGACAAACCAUGUACUACUACAUGGAAGAGUACCGGGACGGACACAUUGGCGUGGAGCAGCUGGUCAUGGCGCUCUUUGAACUACUCAACACACAUGCAAAGUUCUCUCUACUGUCGGAGAUGCGAGGCCUGGUUACGCCACAGGAUUUGGAGCACUUCGACGGGCUGGUGUUACAACGCGAGAUUCAGGCUCUGAAGGCGAGACAGGGCACCGCUGGAGCAACCGCACUUCAUGGAGACUCGCUGUCCAUGGUGUCGUACCCUGACACGCUGACGUCGUCCUUGGCCAGCUUCAUGACCAACACCACCCUCAGCUCUGCUCGGGAGAGGCUGCUGUGGCUGAUAGAUAUGAUGGAGAACGACAGCGCGGUGGAUGCCAAUCAGCAGGAUCCUUCGGAGGGUAUGAACUCGCUGCUGGCUGACAUCUCUCUGGAUGAUGUACAGUCGACCACAGCUGACUCCCCCCCCUCCUUCAAGCCUCCGCCCCCAUCAAGGGUAAAGAGGCGCCCGAGUCGAAGAGACCAGCUCAACAAAUCGUCUGAAUCCACCCAAUCAGGCUUGUACUUUACAAACCCCGCACACCCUAACCACAGCAAAAAGACACGUCAGAGCCCUUCCUUGCCAUCGGUACGUUAUAAACAAGAUCCUCCACGGGAACCUUGCCAGGACUACGCAGCCGUCCGGAAAAAAGAACUCUUAGCUCCAUCCAAGACGGAACCGAAAGCUCACUUGGUUUCCCCUCACACCAUUGGUCCUUUCCCCCGCGUUCAGUCCCCUAGUAGAGGUGCCAACCUAUCUGCCGCCUCAUCCUCACCACCACCGCCGCCUCCACCCCCGCUACCCGCACCUCCUCCUCCACCACCCGCUAAGCCCGUUAGCAUGUCCAAAUCCUCCUCUCCGGGCUCUAAGCAGCAAUUUGUUACAGUGGAGGUUCACAGGCCCAAUGCAGAGCCCGACGUCAAUGAGGUGCGGCCGCUACCCCAAGCUCGAGGUUGCGCCCUGUCUCAGCUGUCAGACAAUGGUCAGACUCUCAGUGAGGACAGCGGCGUGGACAUAGCCGAGUCAGGACUCGUCAGCAAAGACACCAGCCCCCAUCCCUCAUGCGCACGCCACCUUCCAGAUGCCCAAAGAAGUGUGGGGGGUAACUCCGCCAAACCGCCAGGACUGUUGGAGCCCACCUCCACGCUUGUAAGGGUGGCAAAAAGUGCAAAUACGCUGGGCAUCGCCAUCGAAGGAGGAGCCAACACUCGGCAGCCGUUGCCAAGGAUCGUCACGAUACAGAGCGGAAGUCCAGAAAGGGCAAGGCAGGCCCUGAGAUCAAGGGACAGGCAGGAGGUCAGAGGCUGGAGGGAGGCGUCGUGGUCCAAAGGCAGGCGUGAGGUUGAGAUCCAGGUAGGCAGCCGAGAGUCCAGAGGGGAUCCGGGGAGACGAGACCCGCAGCUCGAAACUAGAGAAUGA